AUGUAUAUGAUCUCCUCUGCACCGGAAUCCUCCAUUGAGUCAUUUGACCCGGAAGACCCUAAAUUCGAAAAGGGAACCACCGUUAUGGCGUUUGCUUUCAAUGAAGGAAUUAUGGUAGCUGUUGAUCAUUCAAGCAAGACAUCAAAUUCCGCACGGAACGUUGUUCAACUUAAUUCUCGCAUGCUGGCCACAAUUACUGGAGGAAGGGAAUAUUUGCUGGAACAUGUGAAACAGAGGGAGCAUGGCCUGUAUCAAAUGAAUGGUAGAGGUGAAGUGGUUUCAGAGGAUAUUGUUGCCACUGGAUCUGGUUCAGGUGCCAUAAGUAUCCUGAUAGCUGAGUAUGCUAAGCGCAAGGGCUUUGGAGGUGUUGCCACUGGAAGAGCCAGCCUGCGCUCCGAUAAGCGCAAACGUGGUAUGUCUGUAACCGAAGCUGCAGACUUGGCCAAGAAGACUCUUUGCUAUGCUGCAGAUAGUGCUCCGGUGUAUGGGGAUGUUGUUACUGUUUACUACCUAGGAAAUGAAGGUUGCAAGAAGCUGCUUGAGGAUGAUAUAGAAGCAUGA